UCCAUUACGCGAUCUCAGUCAAGAAUGCUGGUACAGCGCUAGUAAAAAGUAAAACCACUGCUGUGACUGAAUCUCGGCAGUGAAGGGCAUAAGGAGCCGUGGUGUAAAUCUGCUCCGGUGGGGGGAAUGGCAAAGAUUCCGUUGGGCUGCGAGCCGGUGGUGGGUUCACUAACGCCGUCGAAGAAGCGGGAGUAUAGAGUGACCAACAGACUACAGGAAGGCAAACGCCCUAUUUACGCCGUGGUUUUUAACUUCAUCGACUCCCGUUACUUCAACGCCUUCGCCACCGCCGGUGGAAAUCGCGUGACAGUAUACCAGUGCCUAGAAGGUGGUGUUAUAGCUGUGCUGCAGUCCUACAUUGAUGAAGAUAAAGAUGAAUCCUUUUACACUGUCAGUUGGGCUUGCAAUAUUGAUGGAACUCCAUUCUUGGUGGCUGGAGGACUUAAUGGGAUUAUUCGUGUUAUUGAUACUGGCAGUGAGAAGAUAUACAAGAGUUUUGUUGGUCAUGGAGAUUCAAUAAAUGAAAUUCGGACUCAGCCACUGAAACCAUCCCUUGUUGUGUCAGCAAGCAAAGAUGAAUCUGUACGCCUGUGGAAUAUUCAUACAGGGAUAUGCAUCUUGAUAUUUGCUGGUGCUGGUGGGCAUCGCAAUGAAGUCCUUAGUGUGGACUUCCAUCCUUCUGACAUAUACCGUAUUGCAAGCUGUGGAAUGGAUAACACUGUCAAGAUCUGGUCAAUGAAAGAGUUUUGGACAUACGUAGAGAAAUCAUUUACUUGGACAGAUCUUCCUUCCAAGUUCCCAACAAAAUAUGUGCAGUUCCCAGUAUUUAUUGCAUCAGUACAUACAAAUUACGUUGACUGCAACCGGUGGAUUGGUGAUUUCAUACUCUCUAAGAGUGUUGAUAAUGAACUUGUAUUAUGGGAACCGAAGAUGAAAGAACAAUCUCCUGGAGAGGGCACAGUUGACAUUCUUCAAAAAUAUCCUGUCCCAGAAUGUGAUAUUUGGUUUAUCAAGUUUUCCUGCGAUUUCCAUUACAAGGCAGCAGCAGUAGGGAACAGGGAGGGGAAGAUAUACGUGUGGGAAGUGCAAUCCAGCCCUCCGGUUCUCGUUGCAAGAUUAUCUCAUGUUCAGUCGAAAUCUCCAAUUAGAUUGACCGCCAUGUCCUUUGACGGAAGCACCAUCCUCUGCUGCUGUGAAGACGGAACAAUAUGGCGGUGGGACGUGGUAGCAAGUUCCUGAACUUCUUCAACAGCAAUCAAUGGUAGAAAGUAGUGGCUCUGCUUUCAUCCACGCUGAACAAGCUGUGGAACUAAACUUGACUGAUUAACCACCAAAACCAUGCCAAUUAUUGCAGAUAUCUGUGCUUGGCGAAUGUACUUUUGUUUUUCUGUGUGUAUCUAAUUGAAAACUUUUAUGUUUGUUUUCUGUUAACCUUUUUGA